AUGGCUUACGCGAACCAGCCCAACACGGCUUACGCGAACCAGCCGGUCCAUGCCGGCCCAGAUGACUCUUGGCACGGAUUUGUGGCGCCAGGUACACGAUUCGCCCCGGAGGUCGGGCGUUAUCAUCUGUACAUCGGCUUGUUCUGCCCCUUUGCGCACCGGGUGAACCUAGUGCGCGUGCUCAACGGACUCGAAUCGGCUCUCCCGCUUUCAAUUGUGAAGGCAUACCCAAAGGGCGACGAGAAGGGCUGGCCCGGUUGGCAAUUCCCCGGUGCCAACGGCCCAGAUGACACUUAUGAGGGGUCAACGCCGGACAACCUGUUCCUCUCCAAGUAUCUCCACGAGGUCUACUUCCGGGCCGAUAAGGACUACAAGGGGAGGUACAGCGUUCCCGUGCUGUGGGAUGCGACCGAACAGACCAUCGUGAACAACGAGAGCUUGGAGAUGAUGCGAUGGAUGCAAACGGGCUUCAACGAGGUCUUGCCACAGGGCAGCGCCGAGAGGAACUUGACUCUGUACCCAGAGCACCUUCGGGCCAAGAUCGAUGAGGUCAGCGAGUGGAUGAUGCGAGACCUCAACACCGGCGUCUACAAGACUGGAUUCGCUCAGGAUCAGGCAUCGUACGAGAAGAAUGUCAUCCCGGUGUUCGCGGCGCUGAAUCAGCUGGAGAAGCUCAUUCACUUUUACGGCGGUCCGUACAUCCUUGGGAAGGAGAUGACUGAGCUCGACAUCCUCGCGUAUGUUACCAUCGUCCGGUUCGAUGUUGUCUACGUGCAGCACUUCAAAUGCAACCUCGGGACCGUCCGUGGCAGCUAUCCGGUCAUACAUGAGUGGUUGAAGAAUCUGCACUGGAAUGUCAAGGGUUUCCGGGAGACCACCAACUUCAAACACAUCAAGGAAAACUACACGAAGAGCCACCAGAAGAUCAACCCCUUGGCGAUCACGCCGUUGGGUCCCUUUCCGGACAUCGAGAGUAGCGUCAACCUUGACUUCAGAGGGAUUGACCCGGGUGCUGUGACACACCCAGAUGUGCUGGAGCGACAACAGAUCUUCCCAAAGGUUUGGGCGGAGUUGGUGGGCGAAGAAUGA